AUGGAGUCAUCAUCAAGAAUUUUCGUGAAGAACCUGCCGCCGACCAUCACCGAAGCCGAGUUUCGCAAGCACUUCUCGGCUGAGGGUCGCCAGGUCACCGAUGUCAAACUUAUCCCAGCCCGCCAUAUUGGCUUCGUCGGCUACAAGUCGGCGGAAGAUGCCGCCAGGGCGGUCAAAUACUUCAACCGCUCCUUCAUCCGCAUGUCCAGGAUUGCAGUCGACAUAGCGAAACCGAUUGCCGACUCAAUCCCCCAUCACAAAUCAGCUUCAAGGGUUCCUUCGAAAGAUGUCGACCCCAAGAAUGCGCCCAAGGUUAUCCCUCCCAACACCGAGGUAGCUGCCGCCGCGGUACCUAAAGUGGAGGUUGCCCCAGAUGCCCCGAAGAGGAAACUGGAUGCUUUGGAUGCAGCCGAUCCGAAACUCCAGGAGUACCUCGAUGUCAUGGGGGCUCACCCAUCCAAGAAGAUGCGCAAUGCCGAGGGCCUUCCCAUCACCGUCGACGAGGUCCUGGCUCCAGCUGUGCCUGCCGGCUUGGAGGAUGGUGAAAGUGAUGAUGAAUAUGAGGAAAUCCCCGCUCGUACUCAGAAUCAGCCGACACACAUCGCCGAUCAGGAAAUGGUCGACGCCCCUCCUGUAGCAGGUGUUGAAUCAUCUGCGACACCUGCUGCCGUUGAGCCGUCUGAGUCAGCUCCACCAGUGUCUCUUGAUGCUACCGAUGACGACUGGCUCCGCUCGAGGACGAACCGUCUCCUUGACUUGGUCGACCCAGAUGAUGCAGCUUUAGCUCUUCGUCCAGCUGCAGCAGCACCUGCUCCCGUGCCCGCCACGUCUGUUGAGAACACAGCGUCGGCAAAGGCUGAGGAGCACCCCGCCGAUGGCUCCAAAGCAACGACAGGGGCCACGAAGCAAGACCCCGAGUCUGCUAUAAGCCUGAUUGAAAAGACAUCACGGCUUUUCCUGAGGAACCUCAGUUACACCGUCACCGAGGAUGAUGUUAGAGAGCACUUCGCCAAGUUUGGCACUUUGGAAGAGGUACAUGUCCCAUUGGAUAGCAAGGGCCGUAGCAAGGGCUUUGCUAUGAUUCGUUACGAAAAGCCGGCGUCCGCCAUUGCUGCAUUCCAGACAGAUGGCACUGUCUUUCAAGGCCGGAUCGCCCACAUCCUGCCCGCCGCUGCCAAGAGGGAGAACAAGCUGGACGAAUUCGCUCUGUCGAAGCUGCCUCUCAAGAAGCAGCAGUUGUUGAGGAAGAAGGCUGAGGCUGCUUCGAGCACCUUCAACUGGAACUCCCUCUUCAUGAGUCAAGAUGCUGUGAAUACGGCAAUGGCAGAACGUCUAGGCGUGUCAAAGGCAGAGCUUCUCGAUCCCACGGAUGCGUCAGCUGCUGUCAAGCAGGCUGUUGCCGAGACAACGGUCAUCCAGGAAGCAAAGCAAUACUUCGCUGCCAAUGGUGUGAACAUUGAGGCCUUCAAGACACAACAGCGGGGCGACACCACCAUCCUUGUCAAGAACAUCAAGAACACCACAAUUGAAGAGUUGCGGACUCUUUUCGAGGAGCAUGGUACCGUUCUCCGAGUACUCAUGCCACCCAGCGGCACCAUUGCCAUUGUCCAAUUUGCACAGCCUGUGCAGUGCAGGACAGCUUUUGCCAGGAAGGCAUAUUCUCGUUUCAAGGACUCUGUCUUGUUCCUCGAGAAGGGACCGAAGGGUCUCUUCACCGACAAUGUGGCUGCACCCACAGAGGCCCGUCCUGCUGGUGUCCAGAAGCCGUCUGUGGCUGACUUGCUCGAACGCGAUGAUGCCGAGGAACAGUCCUUGGAGACCUCUUCAUUGUUUGUUCGCAAUCUCAACUUCUCCACCACUUCCCAGGGCUUGACCGACGCCUUCAAACAUUUGGAUGGCUUUGUCAACGCGAAGGUCAAGACGAAGACAGACCCCAAGAAACCAGGCCAGGUGCUCAGCAUGGGCUUUGGUUUCGUGGCUUUCCGUACCAAGGACCAGGCACAGGCUGCACAGAAGGUCAUGGACGGCCAUGUUCUUGAGGCCCACAAACUCAGCGUCAAGGCAUCACACAGAGGCCUUGAUGCCGCUGAGGAGCGGAGGCGGGAAGAUAUGGCCAAGAAGGCGGCCAGCCAAGGCACCAAGCUCGUCAUCAAGAACUUGCCCUUCGAAGUCACCAAGAACGAGGUACGGACUUUGUUCAGCACCUAUGGCAAGUUGGUUGCGCUCCGUAUUCCCAAAAAGUUCAACCAAUCAUCGCGCGGUUUUGCCUUUGCGGAAUUUUCCACGGCCAAGGAGGCGCUCAACGCGUUCACUUCUCUCAAAGAUACCCAUAUUCUCGGACGUCGUCUUGUUAUUGAUUUCGCGCAGGCGGAGGAUAUCGAUCCGGAGGACCAGAUCGCUGCGAUGGAGAAGAAGACUCGUGCCCAGGUUAAUAAGGUCGCCCUGCAGCAGCUUACAGGGACAGGGCGGGCGAAGGUCACUAUUGGAGAUAACGAUGAAGAUGAAGUAUGA